GCCGCCGCCGCCGCCGCGGAAGGGCUCCUAUCUAUGGUGGAGCGGCGCGGGCCGGAGUAGGGCCCCUUCUCGCUGUCAGGAUGGAUGUCGCCUUGGCCGCCGCGUCUUGUGCCCGCCGUUCCGGACUGUGGCCCGCUGCCCGCGGCCGGAGCCGCUCUCCUUGUUGGCUCUUCUGCUGGCCCGGGGGUCGGCCUGGGGCACCCACUCCGCCGCUGGGGAAGGCCGAGACUGUGUAGGGCCUCGAGCUCCGCGUCCCUACCUCCCUGAGGGACUGCCGACUCCGGGAGAUGGAGCCGGCGGCGGACGGCUCGCGGAAGCCGGACCCCCGCUUCCGGCUGCCCUCCUUCUUCCCUCGGCCUUCGCGAUCAGGCACGUCCAGGAUCCGCGCACCGCUCGCCCCGGAACCCGACCCCAGGCUGGCUCCCAGCCCCCCGCCCGAGGCCCAAAGCAGUUCCUGGAUGCAGCUGCUUUCCCAGCUCCUCGCGCCGCUCCCGGGCUUGCUUCAGAAGCUGCUGGUCUGGAGCCAGCUUUUCGGUGGGAUGAUCCCUACCAGAUGGCUAGACUUUGCUGGAGGCUACAGCCUCCUGAGGGCCCGGGAGGAGCCUGCCGCCCCCUCGGCGCCCAAAGCUCUGAGUUCGCUGCGGCUCGACCCCUCGGCCGACGCGGCCGCCGGUCCCCUUGACUGGCUAGAGGGGGGCCUCCACUGGCAGUGCUCGCCCCCAGAUCUGGAAUUAGAACUUAAAACCAAGGGAAGAGCUUUGGACUCCGCAGCCCAUGCUUUUCUUCUGGAGCAGCCGCUGUGGGGAGUGGAGCUGGUGCCCCGGAGCGUCCAAGCGCGUCUGUUUUCCGACCCGGAGCUUGGCCCUUCGCCCUCUGGACCGCUCAACGUUCAGCGCUUAAGCAAUGUCAGUGUUGUCUCCUAUUUGCUGAACCCCUCCUAUCUGGACUGCCUGCCCCGGGUUGAGCUGAGCUAUCAGAGCAGUGUUGGAAGCUGCGAACUGGUCGAUUUCCAGGCGCUGAGUCCAGAGAGCGGCUGCCUGGAUGAGGCCUCGUCUUAUCCCCAGCCGCUCAACGCAGAGAUGGCUCCCGCCUCGUGGCAGGGAUGUCCGCCUCUUUCUAGAGAAGGCCUGCCCGAAAUCCACCAUCUCCGCAUGAAGCGGCUGGAAUUCCUUCAGCAGGCCAGCAAGGGUCAGGCUUUACCCACCCCUGACCAAGAUCAUGGCUACCACAGCCUAGAGGAGGAGCACAGUCUGCUCCGGAUGGAGCCGAAGCACUUCGGAGAUAGUCCGACUCAGUAUGUUCCUGCUGCUGGAGCCGUUCCCGGAACGGCCCAGGAACCCACUGAGGAGAAAACAGAAUUGUUGAUUAGAGAAGUUCCUUUUGGAUUGGAAAGACAGAGCCCCUCCGGAGGCAUUCCGUCUUGUGAGACUGGACAGGAGCUUGGAGAGGACCAAAUAAGUGUAGUUGACUCUCCAGACAUGGACGAUGACCUUCCCAUUUCUGCCAGACCAGCCUGUAGUAACAAGUUGAUAGAUUACAUUUUGGGAGGUGCAGCCAGUGACCUGGAAACAAGUUCUGAUUCGGAAGAUGAGGAUUGGGACGAAGACGUUGAGGAUGACGGUUUUGAUAGUGAUAGCUCAUUCUCAGAAUCAGACCUUGAACAAGACUCAGAAGGGCUCCACCUUUGGAACUCUUUCUAUAGUGUGGAUCCUUAUAAUCCCCAAAACUUUACAGCAACAAUUCAGACUGCUGCCAGAAUUCUUCCCGGAAACCCUUCUGAUUCAGAAAAGGAUUUGUCUGACAAGUCUGACCUAGGGAAUUCUCCCCAGACUGGAAGUCUUCCCGAGUCUCCUGAUCAUAAUUCUGGAGAUGAUGAUGACUGGGAAUCUAGUGCAGAUGAAGCAGAGAAUCUCAAAUUGUGGAAUUCUUUUUGUAAUUCUGACGACCCCUACAACCUUCUAAAUUUUAAGGCUCCUUUUCAAACAGGGAAAAAUUGGAAAAGCUGUCUUGACUCAGAGAGGCCAUCUGAGCCCAUUUCUGAGUGUCACACCUUACUUUCCUGUAAGGGGCAGCUGUUAGGGAGCCGAGAAAGUAAAUGUCCAGACUUGGUACAGGGUGUGUUUCUUUCUCGAGAAAGACAAACACAUAUCCGGAGAAAAAAGGUAACCUUCCUUGAAGAAGUUACUGAGUAUUAUAUAAGCGGUGAUGAGGAUCGAAAAGGACCAUGGGAAGAAUUUGCACGGGAUGGAUGCAGGUUCCAGAAACGAAUUCAAGAAACAGAAGAAGCUAUUGGAUACUGCUUGACAUUUGAGCACAGAGAAAAGAUGUUUAAUAGACUCCAGCAAACAUGUUUCAAAGGACUUAAUGUUUUCGAGCAAUAUUAAGAUGAUUUGACAGCCUCUGGCCCUAGCAUACACUACCUCUUACUUGAGAGGUUACUUUUGAAAACAAAAGUUGGCAGCUGUCCUUCAACUUUUUCUUAGAGGAUGUGCAGCUUGGAUCCAGUGACCUAGUUUAAUAUUUUUUUGCAACAUAGCCCACUCAGAAAUGUCCAGGUUUGAAGCCAGGCCCUGAAAAUGAAGGAUGAGUUGGUGUGAUUUCUAAUCCUCCCUUUUUUGUUUAGUUGGAUUUGUUCUAGGAUGUUGUUUGCUUGCUGAAGUGAAAAGGGGACCUUUUAAGGUGUAAUUUUGCACUUUAGAAACUUAUUUUCUUGGGAAACAAUAUUUAUAGGCUUCAAAGCCCAUUUCCCAUUCUAAUUUAAAUUAUGUGCACCUGUCUAAAAACUCUGGGCUCUCCCCUCCCCACAACAUUCUGAAAUUAUUGGGCUGUUACAUUUUCUCUAUAUUCAGUAAUUUGACCCUUCUACUUCAAUGUUAAGAAAAAUAAUUUUGUAUAUACGACCAACUUAAAGUACGUUAUUGUCUUUUUUUUUUUCCCCCCUAAAAAUGACUCGUUGAAAUGUGUGGUUGGUUUUUAUUUCUAGGUUAGGCUCUACCUAGGAAACGUCUCCAAGGACUGCCACAAACCCUGUGUGUGCAGUACUUUCUGCUAGUUUGGCAAAGCUGCAUAUUUCUGCCAAAUUUUAACAUCUGAUAUAUUUAAGUUCUUUGUAAACUCUUUUUUGGAGAGGAUUCUGUAUAUGUUAUUGUAAUUUCCACUUGAGUGGUUCUUUGUGUCUUCAACAGGUAGAAAUUGUUGUUUAAAGACUCCAGAAAGUAAUGAUUGUGUCAUAGUUGCUUUUAAAUUUAAAAGCUUAGAAUUUUCUUAGGAAGAAGGACAAGAGACAUCUCAGAGCAAUUUGGUUUUGUUGUAUAUGCUUUCAAAAGAAAACCAGUGUUAUUAAUAUCAUGCCUCAGCACUGUCACUUUUAUAACUUAUCAGGGUGAUACCGUACACUUGGAAAUGGGCAGUUCUGAAUUUUCCAGUUUGAAGUGUAAAAUAUAGACUUCAGUCAACAUCCAAGUUUAUUGUGUUCUUCUUUUUUAAUAAGUAAUGGCAAGGCCUAUAGUUUCAGGAAAGAUCUAUAGAUUUAAAAUAUCUUCAUCCCAAAGCUUACUUUUGAAUUGAAGUUUCUGCAGUGACUGUGUUUGGUUUAGUUAGCACUACAUGAUGUGGGUCUGUUAGGUUGAGGGAAUAUUAACCAGCAACUUUCUGGUCUGUUUUUAUGUCACAUGCCUCCUAUUACCAGUGAAAGCAUGAGCAGAAUAGAUGACCUCUUAAUUUUGAAGUUGUUUCAGAGUGAGGACAAAUUUUUCAUCAGAAGUGCUUGCAGGACUACUACCUCAGUUUAUAAUCUACCUGGUCAUUAUGUUUUUUUCUAUUUGGUUUGCUCUGAGAGUACAACAGCAUAAAACUUGGUCAGAUUUUUGCAGAGCUCUUUUUCAGUGUGUUUUGUGCCCCUCUAUUUCAGGUAAUCAUAGGGAAUGCAUUUUAGAGUCUGGUGUAACACCAUGGAAAUGCUAAGUUUCAAACAUCAGCUGUGUCAGUUGGAAAGAAGGUAUUACUUGCCUAGAAAAGAAAACUGAAAAUGUAUAGGCAUUCUUUUAAAACCAGACUGAAGUAUACUAUUUUAUUUCAGAGACUUAGGUUGUGUUUUGGGAUUUUAAAUCUUGCACCUCUGCAUAUAUGAAAAUAAUGGGUAAUCUUUACAUUUACUAGGCUUCCCUGGUGGCUCAGAUGGUAAAGACUCCACCUGCAGUGCAGAAGACCUGGGUUUGAUCCCUGGGUCAGGAAGAUCCCCUGGAGAAGGGAAUGGUAACCCACUCCAGUAUCCUUGCUUGGAGAAUCCCAUGGACAGAGGAGCCUGGCAGGCUACAGUCCCUGGGGUCAUAAAGGCUCUGACAUGACUGAGCGACAAACACUUUACAUUUACUGGAUUUUGGAGAAUUGUUCUCUUGAGAUGCCAGCUUCACUACUCCAAAUGUAAAAGCUUGGUGAAGAAUUCUUCCAUGUACUACCCUCCUUUAAAAGAAGUGAUCAGACAGUGAUGAGAAGGACAAAAGGGACCAUUUUAAAGUUGGACAAGAGAAGAACAAUUCUUAGCAGUUUUGUCCAGAUCCUAAUUGUUAGAACAAAGUUAAAACUUCAGUCUUAAAAAGAAAAUCCCUUGGAAGUUUUAAUUGAACAUUUUACACACUUACAGUCUUGCAAUGGUGCUUUAUGUAUCAAUGUAGCAUAUGAAAGGCUUUGUGCAGACAAGUAAACAUUUCCUUUUUUAAGUGUUAAAAUGUGAUAACACCAUCUCGUCAUCUUUAACUUAAAAGUAUCAGAUUUUAUUUUUUUAUGAUUUAGGGAAGGUGAAGUUAGGGGACUAAAAGACUUCUAAGUUGGCUUCAGAUCCAAUGAUUUAAAUGAAACCAGU